UUGACCUGUGCGUGUUUUCCGGCGAAUAAUGGCCAGCAAAAGUGUCGGACGCAUGUGUGUUGUAGCGGGAUGCAGCAAAAGACAGUCAGAUGGCGUGUCGGUUCAUGUUUUCCCCAAAGAUGAGCGACUGCGAGCGGCCUGGUGUCGUUUUGUGAAGCUGACGAGGGCAGACUGGUCUGGUCCUUCGAAAUACACCGUUAUCUGCAGUGACCAUUUCAACGAGGAUUGCUAUGAGGUACAUUUCUCGCUCAUGAAGGACUUUGGGAUCCCAGCGAAGAAGCGUCUACGCCAGGGGUCCAUACCAAGCAUAUAUCCCAAGCGGAAAAGAGACCAACUGAACGAUGCGUUCCUGGAGUCUCCCCAUGUAAACACCCCUACUCCAGUACGAGGAGCCCAUGCAAAGCGUGAGAGGAAUAGGGUAUUGGCAGAGCUGCUUCAUGACAACACAGAGGUUGAAGAAAUACAGGAAGAGUCGCAAGACCAGGAUGAAUGUGUUGGGAUCCAAACAACGCCUGUUCCCUUUCCCACACCUGUUUCGGAGGAGAAAAGUGUGUCUAUGGCAUGUCAGACAGAAUCAACACGAAAACGUAGCGUAAAGAUUCAAGUUGCUGCAAGGAAUAAGGAAAAAGGUACUUAUUCGAAGUAA